CGGAAAGGAAGCCUCGCAGCACAGCAGCGUAGAUUUUUGGUCCUGAGGUUUCUCUGGUCGCCAGAGAUAGAGGUACUGUCCUCGUAAAAUGGUAACGCUGGCUAUAUUCUGCGGCUCCCUUUCAGCCUUCCUCUUUUCCUCGCCCCGCCUCCGACACUUAGUUUGGUCCCUCGCUCUCUCUCCAAUAGUGUGAGCGGCUGUGGAACUUCCCAAUCUUAUUGGAUGAUGCUGGCGUCACUCCAAUGGGCGGUGCGGCUUGAGUGUCGAGGACCGCCUCUCUUGGGCGGUGAUUGGACUCUAGGGAGCUGAUCCGGGCUAGGAUUGGUGCGAGGAGAGCGAUAGCUAAACCGAAGGGUGGGGAGGUUUGUGGCCUCUUAGCAGUCGUUGGAGUCUCUUGCCGCUGAAGUUCUCGUUGUACGCCCCCCGAGAGGGAAGGAGCUUGAAGACCUCUUACCUCAUCUCACAGGGGCGGGGUGGCGCUUUUCGCGUGUCUAGGGCGAGACCAUUGGGGGGAGGGGUAGCCAUAGAGAGCGCGAGAUGCAGCGGUAACGGAGAUGGAAAGACUAGCUAAGAAAGCCCAUCGGGGAAGGAGGAUUUAGGGGACCGAGGAGGGGUAGGCGUGUCUGGUAUGGGAUGCCAUGGAAAGGAAGCGGCCCUACCACAGAUCCUGAGUAGAUCUGUGGGUGGUUCCUUGGAGGCAUCCUCUACUUCCCAUUUGCCAACAACAGAGUCCUCAUGGUCUCUGCUCAAGUUCUGGGAACUUUGUCUUUGGGUGAGGUUAAUCAGCGACUGCACUGUAGCGCUGUCCAAGGCCAUUUCUGAUAGGGGCCACGGACGUGGGAAAAUAUGUCAGAGAACAAGAAGCCUCUGCUGGGUUUCGUGCACAAACUCCCCAGUGGGCCUGCACUUGGGAACUCAGGGAAGACUCACUGCCCUCUGUGCAUGGGGCUUUUCAAAGCCCCCAGACUCUUGCCAUGUCUGCACACCGUUUGCACCACUUGUCUGGAGAACCUGGAACCCUUCUCUGUAAUGGACAUCCGAGGAGCAGACUCUGAUACAAGCUCUGAAGGGUCAGUAUUCCAGGAACGCAAGCCUCAAAGUCUUCAGCGGCAGAUCGGCAUCCUGUGUCCGGUAUGUGAUGCUCAGGUGGACCUGCCCAGGGGUGGAGUGAAGGCUUUAACCAUAGACCACCUGGCCAUGAAUGAUGUGAUGCUGGAGAGCCUGCGUGAAGAAGGCCAGGGCCUGGUGUGUGACCUGUGCAACGACAGGGAAGUGGAGAAGAGGUGUCAGACCUGCAAAGCCAAUCUCUGCCACUUCUGCUGCCAGGCUCAUAGACGGCAGAAGAAAACAACUUAUCAUACCAUAGUGGACCUGAAAGAUCUGAAAGGCUACAGCCGGGUUGGAAAGCCCAUCCUGUGUUCUGCUCACCCUGCGGAGGAGCUGAGGCUGUUCUGUGAGCUCUGUGACCGUCCGGUGUGCCGGGACUGCAUUGUGGGAGAACACCGGGAGCACCCCUACGACUUCACCAGCAACGUCAUUCACAAGCAUGGGGACUCCGUGCGGGAGCUCCUCAGAGGCACACAGCCCCAUGUGGAGGCCCUGGAGGAGGCUUUGGCUCAAGUCAAAGAGAUGAACGGGGCCCUCCAGGAGCGAGUGGAGGCAGUGGCGGCUGAUGUCCGCACUUUCUCCGAGGGCUACAUCAAGGCCAUCGAGGAGCAUCGGGACAAGCUGCUGAAGCAGUUGGAGGACAUACGGGUCCAGAAGGAAAACUCCCUGCAGCUGCAGAAAGCUCAGCUGGAACAGCUGCUGGCAGACAUGCGGACAGGUGUAGAGUUCACUGAGCACUUGCUGACCAGUGGCUCAGACUUGGAGAUCCUCGUCACCAAGCGGGUGGUAGUAGAAAGACUCAGGAAGCUGAACAGAGUCGAGUACAGCACCCAUCGUGGAGUAAACGAUAAGAUAUGCUUCUCUCCUCAGGAGAAAGCAGGCCGGUGCCAUGGCUAUGAAGUGUAUGGGACCAUUCUUACCAAAGAAGUUGAUCCAGCCAAAUGUGUCCUUCAAGGAGAAGAUCUGCACAGAGCUCGGGAGAAACAGACCGCCUCUUUCACCUUAUUUUGUAAGGAUGCUGCAGGAGAGAGCAUGGGCAGGGGAGGAGACAGAGUCCAUGUUGCAGUUGUCCCUAAAGAUAAGAAGGACAGUCCAGUCAGAACAGUAGUCCGGGAUAACAAGGAUGGGACGUACUCUGUUUCCUACACCCCAAAGGAACCUGGGAUCUAUACCGUGUGUGUCUGUGUCAAAGAGCAGCAUGUACAGGGCUCCCCAUUCACCGUGACUGUGAGGAGGAAGCACCGCCCACACCUAGGAGUAUUUCACUGCUGCACCUUUUGCUCCAGUGGAGGCCAGAGGAAUGCACGCUGUGCCUGUGGAGGCACCAUGCCAGGUGGGUACCUAGGAUGUGGCCAUGGGCACAAGGGCCACCCAGGUCGUCCCCACUGGUCUUGCUGCGGGAAGUUUACUGAGAAGUCUGAAUGCACAUGCACAGGCGGGCAGAGCACACCGAGGAGUCUGCUAAGAACUGUGGCGCUCUGAUGAUGUCCUGAGUACAAAACCAGUCUGGUAAAGCUGCAGGUUUCCAGAGGACCCCAGAGCUUCAUGAAUUCUGAAGAGAUUGAAGAAUUAAAAACAAAGUGCCUUAUCUGACAUUAGAGCUCCAGUGCUUUUCUGUGAGUUACUCACUGGUUGUACUUGUGCAUGGUUGAGCACACGUUUCUCCUAAAGGUAGGUGGGCAGUGUUCUUUCCAUACUACAGGAGGCUAUGUGUGUGGAAGUGUCUAUGCCAUAGGAAACUAGAGAUCAUGGUAGGUGGUGUAAUUGAUUUCCUUACUUUCUGAUAAAUGAUAACCUUUUAAAUGUAUCCCUGAGCUACAUACUAUUUAGCCGUUUCCCCCAGAGAAUGAAAACCUCUGUUUAGUCUAUCCACUUUUUGCUAGCACAUUUUCAGUGCAUUUCCUGAUACAUGCUCUGUAAUCAUUUUAACAGGACUUGGAUGUUUUUGUGGGUGGCCUCUCCCUUUAUGCACCGUGCUCAUCCCCGACUCCCAUACCCUACAAAAUCACUAUGUGGUAGAGUGCAUACAAGUUGAAAGUUAAUGAAGGGAAUGAGACUGAAAUAGAUCUCAUACAUCUAUUGCACUUCUCAUACCAAACAUUUUAGACAAUUUCACCCUCCUCACUUCACUUUGAUUUUUAGACAGUAAUCUUGGCUUAUGUCUGUGUAUCUGUAAACUUAGCUGGCAGCUUUGACUUACAAGUUACUUAAGAUGGUAACUUCUUAGCUGCUCAAGAAUUCUUCAGAAAGGAUGUAGACAGCACUGGUUCCUCAGUUCUGCCAAGGUCGUCUUUGUAUAUAUUUUGUGUGUUCUUCUGGGACUCUUAAUUUCUUAAAUAGUAAUAAACUCAGCAUGUAUUAAAUAACAUCACUGAAAUUUGCAUUGUUGGAUCCCCUAAGUAGUGGGUGACUCAUGUGAGUGGGGAAUUGGGUCAGGCAAAGGAAGUGAAGUAAUGAAACGAUGACUCAGAUCGUCAUGGAAUACGUUUCCUCCUUGAGGCUGGCAGAUGUGGGCUACAUUGGAGCCAUAAACACUAAGGUAUUAUCUAUACUCUCAUCCUUUUCUGGAAACAUUCCCUUCAGUCUCUUUCUCUAACCAGAUCUGAUCUUCCCAGAAAACACUACUGCCUCUGAUACCCUCUAGCUAUUUACCCUUUCUCCUUCUAUUACUGAACCCAUGAUCAGGGGUCCUUUUAGCUCAUCAUGGCUCCUUUAAGACCAUGAUUCUCAAUCAGGGGUGAUUUGCCCCACCCCCACCUCCAGGCAAGGAAUUACCCAGGUGAAGAUGUCUUUAGGGCCGCAGUGAAAAAACUGUCUUCUAGACCAUGAUCCCUACUGCUGUUCUAAACAUGGCCAGCCUUGAAACUCAUGCCUUUAAACUGUACAAUUUGCUAUUCAUCCAUGGUUGGACCAUCUAAAGAGCCCCAAAUCAUUGUUUCUUAUUCUUUGAAGAUUAUAGGAUCAAGCUUGCUAUCACUCCAGUACUGCUCUUCGUCGGUCUUCAAAUAAUUCAGUGCCCUCAUGGACUUCUUAGUUCUCUGACCAGUUCUCCAGUGUUCUUUUCUCCCCUACCUAACUUGUAUGAUCAGACCCUCGAUCUUGAUUUCAUAUUUGCCCUCUGUUUCAUCUCUAUUUCAAGCAUCCUAUAACCACAGGCUCUCAUCUUUCCUGCUUACCUGAUGUAAUAAUCUGACUCUACUAAUUCUACUUCCUUGGAAUCCAUAAUGCAGUGACUCUGCCCCCUUCAUACUGUUCCUCUCAACCCUCAUGUCCUUCCCUGUAUUUUUCUCACGUAAAUCUAUACUAUAGACUAUUAUAAUCACUCUUGCAUACAAUCUGCCAUGGUCACUUUUUUUUUUUUUUGAAAGUCCAAGAUAAAGGUGCUGGCGGGAUUGGUUUUUGAUAAGGCAUCUCUCCGUGGAUGAUAGGUGAUAGCUUUCUCACCAAAUCCUCACAUAGCCUUUCCCUGUGUAUCUCCUGGUAUCUCUUUCUUCUCUUCUAAGGAUACCUAUGGCCCUGUUGGAUUAGGGCCCUAUUUAACCUUAUUUGACACAAUUUAACCUUUAUUUGCCUUAUUAAAGGCUUGUUUUUCAGAUAUAUUGGGGAUUAGGGCUUCAACUUUGGGGGACACAGUUGGUCCAUAACAAUUUUAUAUGCGGGCACCCAAUUUCUAUGCCAUCCUAAAAACUGUAGGGUGCUGUUGAUAGAGCCCUCCUUACAUUGCCUCUGAAAUUCAAUCCAAUUGAUCUGAUAUUCUUAAGACUCGAUUUUUUGCAAUAGUUCUUGUCAAGGUCACUAUGCAGUGUUACUUCUCAGUCAUUCUCCUUUUUGGCCUGUCACCAGCAUUUAACAGAGCAGAUUGCUUCUUCCUCCAUGAAAUACUAUCUUCACUUGUUUUAUGUGGGAUCACCCUUCUUGAUUCUCCUGUCUCAUUGUUCCUUCUUGCCUUCCUGUUCUCUACAUAUCAGAGGGAGCCAAGGAUCAGUUAUUGCAUUUGCUUUUUCUCCCACUCUAUAGACGACCUCAUCCUACCCUGACUUCAAAUACUCUUUAUAUACUUACGACUCCCAAAUUUAUCUCUCAGUCUCAUCUCUCUUGUAUUAGGUCCAACAGCUUGCUUAACAUCUCCCCUUGCAUGUACAAUAGGCACUUGCAAUUCAAGAUGUCUCUAACAGUCUUCCAGUUUCCAGUUCUCAUUUCCAUGUACUCACUACCACCAAACCGCUUCUCCUGCAGUCUUCUUCUCUUUAAAAGGAAAGCAUCAGUACAUCCUUAGAGCUGGUGGAGCCAAUAACCUUGGAAACACGCUUAAAACUUCUGUCACACAUUAUAUCCCAAUCCAUGGACAAAUCCUAUCAGCCCUACUUUCAGAAUGUGUCGGUGUCCACCUCCACUGCAUCAUCCUCGCCUGGCAUUUCUCACAGGAAGGUUUGUAUCCCUCUUCUAACUAGACUCUUUGCAUACCAUUACUCUUCACACUACAUUAUUCACCUUAUAGUCAGAUCCUUAGAAAAUAUGUCAGGUCUUGUCAGUCUUCUGCUUGAAACCUUCCCACCUUCCUCUCAGAACAGAAGUCAGUGAUCAGCUUCACAUCAGCAUGGAUGACCAGCAGGAUCUGGACCCUUGCUCUUUCCUCGUUUCCUGUUUCAGCCAGAUGGACCUGCCUGGUCCUCCUCCAACUCCAAGCACUCCAUCCUGGGGCCUUUACAAUCACUGUCCCUCCAUUUGUAGUGCACAUCUCACAGAUACUUACAUAGUUCACUGAUUUCUUCAGCUUUCUGUUCCUGUGUCAACUACCAUGCUAUGAGUGAGGUCCCCCACAGCCCUGCAACAUCCCACCUGAUGCUCCAUCUCACCCUGACUCGGCCUCAUCACUGUCUAACAGAUAUUCUGUUCAGUGUCUGUCUUUUUGAGAGUGUAAGCUCUAGGAGGGCAGGAAUUUGAAAUUUAAUAACGUAUUGUCCUUACGUAGGACAUUUCUUCGAACAUAAUAGAGACGUUAAUAUGUUGAAUGAAUAAAGAUCUAAUUUG